AGCAUUGCUGUAUCUCCAUGCAGGCGAUUUGUUUUGCCUGUAAAAUCAUCACUGCCAGAAUAAGUCGGUAAUUUUCAUAAAAUACUGUUGGUAAAAGGUGGGAAAGUGCAGGUUCUACCAUUUGAAUUUGAUCUAUUAACUGGUAAUGUUUGCCGAUCGUUGACGUGACAUCGGCUUAGGAUUAUUCACUGUUUUCGUAGACAAAAAUUUGUGGAAAAUAUUCACGAUGGAUGCGUCGUUAAUAAGUCCUGUAGUGAAGGAUUGCUUAACAAAUGGAAACCAAGGGCCUUUCGCUUUGGAAUGCAAAAUCGAAAAUAUUCAUUCGUACCGAAGACGAAAAGAAAUGAAUAUAAUGUACAGCGAUGGAACGAACUAGGGCUCAACGGUAACUACCAGGGUCGUUUCCGCAUAGCCAUCAACCCAUAUUACAAAGAUACAGAACGACUCGGGAGACAGGAAGUCGAAAUCGACUGUUGAGGUUGCUUGCAUGUGUCUGACCGAUACAGAGCUCUCAUCCAGAGUAUACACUGGAAACCACGCUGUGGCUGCAGCGUAUACGAUUCGUGCAACAACAGGAGACACAACAGAAAACGUUCUUCGGGCCUGGGAUGGCAUUUUUCGGCCGGUGCCUUUGUGGGCUUCUUCCACCGAAAGUAAUUAUGAAUGGAUCAUAUUGUUUGCAUUGGACGGCCGAUCUCAGUCCUGGAAAAAACCCGACGCGCAAGACACUUAUGUCACGUUGAAAAUUGAUGCCACGUUGUAUGAAGAACCAAAGAGUAUCCGAGAGAAUUUAACACUACCAAGAGCGCCGGACACACUACAACUAGCGAGCAACGUCCUCUAUCGUCAAAUGGACGGCUCCCGCAAUGUACAGCAUAAACAGACCGGUGAUUUUAUUCUGCGAUCCAAAAAAGGCACCGAAUUCCCUGCCCAUCGAUUCAUUCUGAUGUCACAGUCACCAGUGUUCGCCGCUAUGCUGACACACGAUACCAAAGAAAAGCAGGAAUCGCGCUGCGAUCUAGGCGAUAUUGAUGCCGAAUGUGUUGAAAUACUGCUGGAGUACAUUUAUGGAAGUGAAACCGGGAAGGUCACGGCUGAGAACGCGGUAAAAGUGCUGAGCAUGGCGGAUCAGUACGCCUUGAUGGAUUUGCGUGCAGUGUGCGAGCAUACAUUAGCCGAUAGCAUCAGCGUGGAGAAAGCGUUUCUUUUGCUGACGUUUUCCGCGCAACGCGGACUCCCCGUGCUGAGAGCGGCGGCGAUGGCAUUGAUGCCAAAAUAUCUGGACAACGUGCUGCAUGGGAAAGGAUUGGAGGAAAUUAUGCAGUCCGAUCCGGAACUUGUUCAGCGUGUUGUAGAAUACUGUGCAAAAAAAGUCCCCGGCAUUGUGAACCUGUCAUGUCAAUAGUAGCUGGUGCUGUUUGUUGAUUGAUGGCAUGACAAUUUCAAAACACUAUUAUCCGCUUUGAAAGUUUGCAACGGUCGAAAGUUUGCAUUACUAACUUCAAGUUGUUUGGCCUUCAUUUCGAUUGCUCGGGCUCGGGUAAAUCAAUCACGAGUCAACCGUUUCUGUGGUCAGUUAAUUUUUUGUAGCCUUUCAGCGCCCGAAUGAGAAUUGUGGUUAU